ACUUAACGACGUGAAGACCUUAGUAAACGAAUUAUACGCAGCUCUACACGUACAGGAGCACCAAUUCACGAAAGAAAUGGAACUGACGAUGCAGCUCGAGCAGAUCCAGCAAGAACUGUUGCCUUUAGAAGAGAAAAAGAACGAGAUAGAGCUAAUAGCCCAUCGACGGGGCAACUGGUUAUCCUGGGCCGGGCUGGGGCUAAUGUCCGUCCAAUUCGGCAUCUUAGCCAGGCUGACUUGGUGGGAAUACUCCUGGGAUAUCAUGGAACCCGUCACUUACUUCGUGACGUACGGCACUGCCAUGGCGUGCUACGCCUACUUCGUCCUUACGAAAGAGGAAUACGUCCUCCAAGACGUGAGGGACCGCCAACACCUCCUGAUCAUCCACAAGAGGUCGAAACAGCUGGGCCUCGACCUGAACCAGUACAACAUGCUGAAACAGGAGGCGGCGAAGCUCCAGUACACGUUAAAAAAAUUGCGCAACCCCCUGAAACCCAAACCGGGCGCGCCGUCAACGCGGACGGCCGCUCCCAUCCUGGAAGCGGUACCGGUUAAGGACGCCGCCGCCGCCGCCGAGAAGACCGAGCCCAAGGCGGAGCCGAAAGGUGCGACCAAAGUUUGAUGGACCGGCGCAAGUACCACGUUUUUCUUUGAAUCCUCAAAAUUAAAUUAUUUAUUUAUUGAAUAUCGAUAGGGAUAGUUAUGUAGAUGAUGGCCAUUGCUUUGUUUCGGCAAUGGGUGUUUACCGAAGCUCAAAUUUUUAAUACUUAAGGAUGAAGUCUCUGAGUGUGCGCGACAGGCACUCGAAACGUCGAGUUGUUUCGAAGGCGAAGGUUGAGAAGAGCUGUCGUUUAUGCGCAACCCCUUUUCCUCUUGAAAUUGCUUUUGAAUCCUACUGCUACAAUUGCAAUUAUUUAAAUUUAAAAAAUAACUAUUACGAAAGCGUCGAAAUUGGGAACUCGAAAUUUUUUGUUGAAACUCGAAAUAUCGUGUUGAAAUUCAAUAUUUCAUGUUAAAAGUACGAAAUUUCCCGUUUUAAAUUUUAAACUGAUUUCGAACACCAAAUUUUAGAGUUUGAACUCGAAAUUCUUUGUUAUGCUCGAAAUUUCAUAUUUAAACUUAAAAUGUCGAGUUCUAACACGAAAUUCCUAUUCGAACUGAAUGGAAUUCCAAAUUCCAUUUAAAAUUUCGAAUUCAAGCACAACAUUUCAAUACCAAACACGAAAUUUUCUGUUUCUCAAAUUCUCAUUGAAUUCAGCUCAAAAUUUCGAGUUCUAACACGAAAUUUUGAGUUAUACUACGAAAUUCCCUUUUCGAAUUAAAUUUAUAUUCAAAUUCGAAAUGUCCCAUUGAAAUUCGAAAUUUCGAGUUAGAACUGGAAAUUUAAAGUUUUAAUGUGACAUUUCGAGUUCGAACUAUAUAUUUCGUGUUGGAAUUCGAAAUAUAAACUGAUAUUUCGAGUCUCAAUAUGAAAUUUAAUUGGAAUAGAGAAUUUCAUAUUGUUACUUGGAAUUUAAAUUUCGAAUUUUACUGCAAAAUUUCAAGUUACGUUACCAAAUACCAAAAAAUAAUUUUCACGAAAUUU